UCUUCUCUCAUUAAACUCCCAUCAGCAUCAGGUGUGUUGUGUUCGGGCAUGCGCACUAAAACCGCUGUGAAGCUUUUUUUUUCCGCGGGGAGCACUGAGCUCUGAUUUAUGGGCUGUCUGCACCCCAUAAUUACUGCGCGCGCUGUGCAAUUGAGCUGGAAAACAGUUUACCUAAAGGGAGGAAAAACACCUUAUUAUGGUUUGCACGUGACAGAAAUGUCAAUAUGUGCUAUAAAAAAGAAAAGAGGAAAAUGUCUUCAUGUUUACAAAAAAUAAAAAAUAAAAAAGUGUUUUUAUAACCUGCUGGAACAGGAGAAUAUGGUUGUAGAUGUUGGAGCAUUGAUAGAAAAAGAGUGUGAUAUAAGUAUAUCCAUCCAUCCAUCCAUCCAUCCCUCCAUCCAUCCAUCCAUCUCUUUCUCACCCCUCUCUCUGUCUGUAUUAAUAGGCUGCAUCUCUCCCGCACAGGAGCACAUGCGCGCUGAGGAGAGAAGAGCAGCUCCAUCUCCUCUCUCCUGCUUUCAUUUGGACUCACUUGUGGUGCAGAACAUGCAUGAAGUGUUCCCUCGUCCUCUCCUGUGUUCUCAUGCUGAUUGAUGCUCUCCUCAUUUCCUCAUAAGGAUUGUUUUUGAUUUCUGAUCAGGACGCUCCCGCCGCCAAACUGAAGUUUAUCGUUGUUAUCUUGGCCGCCGGGAUGGUGGCCUUCAUCGGAGCGGUUAUCUGCAUCAUCGCGGCUGUCCACACCGGAUCCUCCAGGGCUGCUGCGGCGCAGCGGCAGCCCGCGGCCGACAACCGCUCUCUGUUCCCGGACGCGGCUGCGCAGAACCCCCCCGCCCGCGUGGGAUCCCUGGGAGCUCUCCACGGUUCUGAAAGUCCCGAUUCGGAGGCGCCCACCUUCAACAUCGGCUUGGAUGGCUUCACUGGACUCACCGGGCACGACCCGACCGUCAGCCGGCUCAUCUGCACCCCGAUCCCCGCUGGGGAGUGCAACCCCAGAAACUUUCAGCAACAAGCGGAUGACCCGUCGCUGUACGCGGGGGAGGACUGGGGGUACCUGCGCACCACCGCCGAGGAGCUCCGGCAGACGGUCCUGCAGCAGAAGGACCAAAUCCUGACGGACCAGCGGACCAUCCGGGAGCUGACGGGGAAGCUGUCCGAGUGCGAGAAGGGGCUGGGCAGGGGUCGUAGGGGCGGGGGCGCAGCGGCCCUCCGCGCCCUGGAGGAAGCGCCCCUGGAGCGCAUCAUGGUGCGGGACAGCCCCGCACAGGACGCCGCGCAUCACCUGCUCACCGUGAGAGCCGUGGAUGAGCUGGAGCAGGCCAUCACGCAACUCAAAGACCGCAUAGAGAAGCUGGAGUCAGACAUUGGCCCGUUUCCACACAACCGGACGGACAAUGACGCCUCCGACGAGGCGGAGGAAGACGGCAUUACCGGUGACCCGGAAAGGUCCGGCAGUCCCGGGCACAGAUCUGACGUUGGCAGGCCCUGGACGAUGGAGGACUUGGAAGGAGAGCUGGAGAGGAAGGUGGAGCUGCUGGAGAAAGAGAGAAAAGCCCUGAGGCUGGAAACAGAAAAACACAGACAAGAAAUCGAGCGGAGCAUCAAUAAAAUACACCACCGGAUCUCAGGCCUGGAGGAAGUUCCCUCAGGAAAUUCUUUCCCCGAGGGCUUCAGGCUGUCCUUUCCCACGCGGACCAACUACAUGUUUGCUCUGAUGAAGCACCCGAUUCCAAAGCUGCGAGCCUUCACCGCCUGUCUGUGGCUGCGUCCGGCGGGGGGAGGCAUCGGGACCCCCAUCUCCUACGCCGUCCCUGAAGAGCCCAACGAAAUGGUGCUCCUGCAAGGCCUGCACGCUCCCGCUGAGCUGCUCGUCAACGGCAAGGGGGUAGAGUUGCCUCUUAACCUUAGCCGAGGCAGCUGGCAACACAUCUGUGUGAGCUGGACCCAAAAGGGGGGUGCAUGGCAGGCGUACCAGGGGGGCAAACACAGAGGCUCGGGGACCGGACUGGCAUCUGGACAUCACAUCCGACCUGGAGGAAUGCUUGUUCUGGGGCAGGAGCAGGAUUCACUGGGUGGAGGUUUUGACUCGUCUCAAGCCUUUGUUGGAGAAUUGUCUCAGGUGGGGAUUUGGGACCAGGUUCUGUCAUCCGCUCAGGUGGCCAGCUUGGCGCGAUGUGGCGCGGUGACGCCAGGCGGCGUUGCCCGAUGGAGCGAGGACGGUGUGGAGUCAUACGGUGGAGCAACGAAAGACCCCGGCGAACCGUGCAGUAAACACAACCGACGCUCACAGUGACUGAAACAGAAGUAAACAAAAAAAAUCUGUCAUUUUACACAGGAAAAUGGGAAAAUUGAUUUAGGGACACAAAGUGUUUAAAUGCAAUUUGUGAUUUUCUUUUGCUUUUUUCAUUAGACUUUAGCGUCAAGCUAGCGCUACAUUUAGCUCAAAACUGCUAUAAUUAGGUUAAAAUUUCGUUAUUAUGAUUACAGUUUAUAUUUACUAACGAAAAGAAAAAAAAGUUAUGUUGUUCGUUUGGGAUUAUAAGCCAAAAAAAAGUCUAAUUUCACUGGUUACAACAACAUGACUUUAGUUUACUAGCAUGCUAGCUUGCUACCACCAACUGGUAGCAUCUUGCUAACAGUCCAUCACUCAAUUGUUUAAGAUGUUUUUGACUUUUUUAAACUGUUUUUGUUGAAUGUAAUCUACAUAAGAAUGUCAUUGUCAGAUAAAGAUUGUCAUUUUAACAAAAAUGUUUAUUUUGACAUGGACUAAACAGUGAAAGAAUUGAUAUUUGGCAGAGUAGCACGCUGGAACACUUUAAAUGACCCAUAGCAUUAAACAGGCCUGAUUAUCACUAGCUUAGCAUGAUUCAGUCUGAUUUCGUUAUGUAGGCAGA